GGAACUUGUCAUUCAGACGUUGGAAAUCAGGGAGUCACUUCUCAUUCGCUAGCUAUCAAAGAACUUAAUAUUUUUGUCUCAAAAAGCUUUUUAAAAUUUAGUUAUGUGGUCCUCACUUCGUAAGCCCAUUAGCCAGAUAUGCGGGCCACUAAAGCGCCAUGGACACGGAUAUGGAGGAGGUUGUCCCGGAGCGAAUUUGCCCUUUGGCUUGGAUAGCCCGAUGCGCUUCACAUUAUGCUACCUCAUUGCGGGGAUCGUCGGAUUUGGAGCUCCGUUCCUGGUUAUCCGCCACCAGAUGCUGCGUAAUGUCACCGAUGAACCCAAGGAGGAUUAAACCGAAAAUGAUAUUAAGCACUUACUCGUUAAUAAAAUAUUAAAGGCAUUGCACUUGGAA